AUGCUUUUUGAUAUGAUAACUGAGGAUGCUGAGAUAGUGGAAGUGAAUUCUCGUGCUCAGCAUCCCGAGGUCAAAAUCGAGCCUCCACCCUCAACAAGCUCUGAUGCGCCAGCUGUUUGCGUGGUGACGUCUCCGCUCUCUCAGCUGGUGGCUUUACCCGCAUCAUCAUCAAUCACAACUGCCUCGUUCAAGUCAGAAUCUUCUCCCACCAGCUGUUUUAACAUCACACCAAAAAACAAGAUAGUUGAAACGUGUGCUGUAUUAUCUUCUUCCGGCGAGUCGACGGAGAGCUGUCAGUUCGUUUCUAUGAUUAAGACGUUCAGCUCCUUGCCACACGAAUGCGAGCAAACAAAAAAGAUUCUUGUCGACGGUGCAGUACAAGUGUCAAUAUCUCCUCCAGAAUCGAGUCCGAUACCCUACGUACCGGCGAAACGUGCGAGAACUGCAGAAUUGAACUUGAAGUAUGUCUUCGAAAAUAGUGCUAGCAAUUAG